GAAUAGUAAUACUAGUCAAAGGCGCUGUUAUGCAAUCAAAGCAUAAUAUGCUGUUCAGCAAGCGGCGUAACGCUAAGUUUGACAAAUGACACGCUGCACCAAUGAGUUGUGUAAAAUUAAUAAAGAUUGUCUUGGAAAUUGCUGCUUUCUGAAUAGUCAGUUUAAAUACGAUAUUGUAUGGAUUAAAAGUUGCACCAAAAGGACGAAGCAAUGGAUAAGGCCCAAAAGCAAACGGAAAUGUCUGCAGCAGGUUGGGGCCACAUUGAGAUGGCUCCGACAGCCAUCAUGAAUGUACCAUACCACAACUUUCGUGUUUCGGUGUACCAGAGAAGUGUCACGGCAACCCAGGAUGAUGGAAAUCAAUUUUAUUACACUCCUCUUUUACUUCUGCAACCGGAAACGGCUAAAAGUGUAUCAAAUCCGUUUACACAGAAGUAUCAAGUAACAUUUGAAGUUACUAUGUGGAAUGCGGCACUUGAAGAAUAUUUGCAGAUAGUUCUCUCCAAAAGAACUAACUUGGAGAUUCCCAUUACCAGCAUUCGGCCUUUACCGGUGGAACAGAUUCGGCUAGAAGCGCACGAGCACUCGCCUCUAUACACAGUGGACAGUAACUGGCAAAGCAAUGCAAUGAACUCCAAUGUAGUUACUUUUCGAGUAAACUGUGGUAACAAGGUUGCUUGUGCAGAACUAGCAGAAAAUAUUAUGGAGUAUCCGGACUUGUUUGCCAGCAAUUUUACCGUGCACUAUAGUAUGGAAGCACAAAAAGUGGGUAGGAGAGUCAUUACUAUAACGGCAAAACACGCGCGCCGUGCCGAUUUGGUCACAAAAUUGGAUCAAAAAUUUCCAAAUUGUGGCAACGUCUACAUGAAAGCUGAUGAUGCUAAAAACUUGACCCUGGAAAUCACUACCCAUGUUUUGGCUACUGAAAUAAUGGAUGGAGAUUUUGUGAACAAUGAUCAGUCGUUGAAUGUUAUGAACUUGAUCAAGUCUGCGCUUGACCUUACUAACGUCGGCACAGAAAACUUUUCCUCUGAAAUGUGGGAAUCGACAUUUUGGCAUGAUGAUAACGCGAGGCCGGACAAAAUCAGCCAUACGCUAAAUGAAAUUUACGAUAAAAGUGACAGCGAGACGAAAGUGUUGAUGGAAAGAGAAAUGGCCGAAUCAGCGAAGCAGCACGACAAAGAAUCCAGCUUUUCCGAAUCCGACAUACAUCGAUCAGGUAAAAAUGCGAGAAGCGCACAAUCCGAUCGAUCGAAUGAGAGCCAUUCAGAUCAGGCGAAUGAACAAUCGUCUAAAUAUAACUUCGGCGCUAGUGGUAAAGGGUGGGGUGUCAAAGUGAACGUCAAUGCCAGCGGCGAAUCGGCAAGCAAAUCCAGCUUAAGUACCGGAAGCAAGUCACAUGCAAAUUUUGCAAAUGCAAAUGCAUCAGAAUCAGAAUUUUCGAGCCACAAUGCCAGCGCGCAGUCUUCCGAUCGCCUUUCCGAAUCCGCAAAGAGCUCGAGAAACAAAGAUGACCGCCUUGAUUCCCUCCUCAAGGAAGCCAAAAGCCUAGCACAGUGGGAUGGCACCGUGCAGAUUCAGAUUACCCAUACUACAGCAACGCUAAGCAGCAAAAUUAACGUGCUACCAACUAAAGUCGUGAAACCAUCUGUAGCCCCCGAGCAGACUGCUGGCAUACGCUAUCUUGACGAAAUCAUCUCUCGAAGCACAAAAAUUCACGCUGGUACACCUGACAUUUAUCAAGCAUCGCUAACGCAAACAGGAGUUAACCAUACACACAAAUUAAGACGUUAUACGGUUGGCUCUAAACCGGCUUCUGCAACCACUCCAAAGGUCAUACUAGUGCUCGAUGCCACAGGAGCUGGAAAGACAACCUUGAUUAACGGCUUGCUAAAUUAUAUGUUUGGAGUAAAAUGGGAAGACGGUGCACGGUUAAAAGUUAUUGUGGAGGAAGGCGAAGCGACCAACCAGGCGAAAAGCAUGACGAAAUUUGUAAGCGCUUACGAGUCGUACAAGCAAUACGACAGUCCCAGUCCAUACUGUUUGACCAUCAUCGACACGCCAGGGUUUGGUGACACCGAUGGCAUGUCUCGAGAUCGAGAAAUUACUGCUCAGUUAAAAGAAAUGUUUUCCUUAAAUAAUCAGAAUUCCGGAGGCAUUGAUCAUGUGGAUGCCAUAUGUAUUGUGGUGCAAAGCGCUUUGGCUCGACUGACCGCCACGCAGAAAUACAUCUUCGACUGCAUUCUAUCCAUUUUUGGAAAAGAUAUUGAGAAAAACAUUUUUUUGUUAUGCACAUUUGCGGAUGAUAAAGAGCCCCCCGUCUUGGCAGCGGUCAAGGAAGCCAAACUACCGUUCUGUAAAUGGUUCCCGUUCAACAAUAGCGCUUUGUAUGCGGACAAUGGGCCGCAGUCCGGAAUGUUUAGCAAGCUUUACUGGGAAAUGGGUCUUACGAGUAUUAUGGAAUUUUUUAAGUACCUCAGUCAAGUGGAGUCACGAAGUUUGACACUUACUCGCGAAGUACUCAAAGAACGUGAAGCUUUGGAAGCAGCCAUCAGUGGUCUCCAGCCACAAAUUAACAUGGGCUUGGCAAAGAUGGAAGAGAUUCGGCAGUCACAGAUACAAAUUGCUGCACAUGAAAAGCAACUUCAAGCCAACGUAAAUUUUAUCAUGGACAUUGAUGAACCAUAUGCGACCAGAAUAGCGCUCGCCGUCGGAGAGUUUGUGACCAAUUGCUUAAAGUGCAAUCGCACGUGUCAUUAUCCUUGUGGGAUACCGAACAACGCGGAUAAGGCCGGGUGCGCGGCAAUGGAAAAUGGAAACUGUUAUGUGUGCCCUCAACGGUGCCAUUGGAGCAUGCACUGCAAUGAUCAAUACCGUUUUGACUAUGGGACUAAAAAAGUUCGGAGAACGUUAGAAGACGUUAAAAGAGUGUAUGAGCAAGCAAGAGGUGAGAAGAUGUCAGCAGAAACCUUGCUAAGUCGAAUGCAGGAUCAUCUGGAUUCCGUGGGUCAAAACGUUAUGGAGUUAAUAUUUGUGUGCAACGAAAGCUUGAAUCGACUGGAUGAAAUUGCGCUUAGACCAAGCAUGAUGACCACAACGGAAUACGUCGAGAUUCUUAUUGAAUCCGAGAAGUCGGAAAAGCGUCCCGGUUAUUCCCAAAGAAUCAAAGCAUUAGAAGAAGCAAAAGAGCGGGCAAUACUGAUUGAAAGAGCACGUAGCGCAGACAUCAUGAAGGAUGGCAAGCGCAAGCCCAUAAAAGACAGCCGCAAAUGGAUAUCCGAUUUCUUCAGUCGUGGUGUUUUUAGUGCAAAGAAAAUUUCGCACCAAGGAACAGAAGGCAAGAGUUGGCUGAAAGGGGUAUUUUUUUGACAAAAUUUAAUAUCAUGAUCAUAAUGGUUACACGUCUUGAUGCGGUACGUAACGAUACUGUUUCUGAUAUCACGGCCACAUUCUAGCCCUGUUAAACACUAUUUCAGUUUUUCUACAAUUGCAGUAGCCCGAAAAUUAUUUACCAAAACAGUUAUUUGUAUUUGAUAAUAACAUCGUGAGAAAUCUGUGUAUCCUCACGCAAGCUCCAGUCAUACGACAUAGCUGCUGACGCUUUGCGUGUUCUUUUUUAAACGUAGAUACUCAUAAGUCAUAGGAAUUAGUGAAGGUUUUAAUGGUUGGCCACCCAUUUCCCGUUUCCAUGCAUGGAAACGUGAAACCUUGGUGGAAUAGAAACACUCCUUGCACAACUUCACAAGUGAGUUCAGCGCACACUGUUGCCCGGCCCGCUCCCGGUAACUGGGUGAAGGGUUUUGCUAAUGUAUUUUUUAUACUUUAAAUUAUAUCAAAGAGCAAAGAGAGCAGCUUACAGAAGGAAGUAAACAGUCCAGUCUGUGUCAUCACUCAAGGAAUAAAUAAAAUGUAAUAACUGAGAAUACUUGCAAAAUUGUGUGUGUCAAAACAACCGUAUUUCCUACUUCUCCAUUUGAGAAUUAACAUUUGUUUUUUGGAGCCAGUUCAGCCUUUGCAAAUGCUGCUUUGUACGUCUCCGGUGGCCCGUUCUUCUUGCUGCGGCA